AUGAAUCUGCUCCAAGAUGCUGUUAUGAUCCCUGUCGAACGCGUGUCGAAGAUCGAGAAAGAGAAAGAGAAAGGGAUGCAGGUGGAACAAGGAGAUGAGAAACACAUGCUUACUAACUGCGGCUUGGCCCGGAGCACAAGACGACGACCACCACGUCCUUUGCGAAACUAUUGCUCUUAUUCUCCAAACUACACGGCAGCGCAUGCAUUUGGUAUUCGGACAGUAUAUACCAAGCAAAAGAAGUAUACCCGCACUCACAAUCCAAGCAGCGAGAGAAAGGCUAGCGCUCAUUCGCCCCAGCUAGCAGAGCUCGCCAUUUGUCUAUCCGCCUCCUCUGUAUUCCGUCCGCCACCAUGCUCAGACUGUCUCAAAUGUCGACCUCCUCGGAGAUCCAGCGGUCCAUUUCCCUAG